AUGGCAGCUUGUUGCAUAUUUACGGUGGUGAGACAGAAGGCAAACAUAUUUUCAAAUAGUUUGAAGGUGAAGUUGUUGAAGUUGACGAAUUUCGCGUUUUGGCCAGGGAAUCGUUGGAGUAGGUCUAUACCUUCAGGACCAUUAGUAAAGGGGAUCACCGCAGAGUGUCUAGUUGGAAGCAGUAUCUCCUAUCAAGCUGACAGAAAAAUGUUUCCUCGUUUGGUACAACGAUCACCAAUGUCCUCUUCCCCCACCCCUGUUACCCGUUGCUUGGUACUUCUCCGUACACAAGCCAGCGCCUCGUUUCGUGACAAAGCAGCAUACGCGGAAAUAUUUUGCACGGCGGUAUUUAUCAGUAUAUUCAAGUUUAUAGUGAUUAUCGAAAGUUUAGAACGUAGAAUGCAGCUGGACCUGGCACGGAAAUUCGCCGGCGACCUCUUUGAGAUGAUGAUCCUUUUCUUGUGUAUGGGCACAGGCAAGCUCGCCCUCACUAUGAAAAUACUUCACUUGUUGAAUUCUCCUUUCGCCCCCGGAUUCAUCCCCCUUCAACCCUUGCGUAGUCCGAAAGCCGUUGCCGAAUUUUGA